AUGUGUGCAUUCUCUUGGCGAUCAUUGCUGUCAAAGUUGGUGCCAGAGUCUUGGACAUUGGAUCCCCGCGAACACUUUCGUAUCUCAACGGUGAUACAACCAUUCAGUCAAUAUCCCAUUGCAGUGUCCAGUAGUUCCAAAGAGAUCUAUGAUCACUGGACACAACUGGAGAAUGAACUAUAUCCCAACCUCAAGAAGUUAGACAACUCCCAAGACAAGUUAGAGCUACUCAAGAAGUUUGUCAACAAGAAGCAUGAGCGUGAGGAGCGUGACAAGACCAAGUAA